AUGGUCUUAGGGCAUUUGGUCUCUAGUAGAGGUAUUGAGGUCAAUAAGGCCAAAAUCUAUGUUAUUACUUCUUUUCCUUACCACGCUUUUGUGCAGGAAGUACGUUCUUUCCUUGGAGAUGCAGGUUUCUGCAAGAGAUUUAUCCAGGAUUUUAGCAAGAUUGCCUUGCCAUUGUCCAAGCUUCUUCAGAAGGACGUAGAUUUUGUGCUUGACCAGCCUGGCAAAGAAGCACUUGAGGAGUUGAAGAGGAGGCUUACCACUUCUCCUAUCAUGCAUCCACUAGAUUGGGAGCUUACUUUUGAGCUCAUGUGUCAUACCUCUAACUAUGCACUUGGGGCUAUUUUGUCACAGAGAGUUGAUAGACUAUCACACAUCAUUACUUAUGCCUCACGCACUUUGGAUGCAGAACAAGUUAACUACACCACCACCAAAAAUAAGUUUUUAGCUAUUGUUUUAGCAUUAGAUAAAUUCAAAUCUUAUUUGCUUUGCUCUCAUAUUACUGUCUUUACUGACCAUGCAAUUUUGAGAGAUAGGAGUGGUGCGGAAAACUUGAUUGAGGGACCUGUGGAUUCCUUUCCAAUUAGGAAUAACUUCCCUGAUGAUCAUUUGAUUCAGUUACAUUCAUCACAUGUCACACCUUGGUUUGCUGACAUUGUGAAUUUCAUUGUUCCAUUUGUUGUCCCACCGCAUGCAUCUAGGUCUCAAAUAGAUAAACUUAAGAGUGAUGCCAAAUAUUAUGUAUGGGAUGAUCCUUACUUGUGGAGGUUUGGUAGUGACCAAGUGAUUCGUAGGGUGAUUUUUGGUAAGGCAUGUCACCUUCUAGUGGAGAUUGAGCACCAUGCUUAUUGGGUAGUGAAGGGUUGUAACAUGGCAUUUGAUGAAAUAGGUAUGGAAAGGAAGCUUCAAUUGCAUGAACUUGAGGAGAUCCGCUUAGAUGUCUAUGAGAACUCCAAGAUUCACAAGAAGAAAGUGAAGAGAUUUUAUGACUCUAGGAUUCUUAUGAAGGAGUUCCAUAUUGGCCAAAAAUUGAGAUUAAAAAUGAAAGUUAUUGGAAAAGUUUUCAAAGUAAACGGUCACCAACUCAAGCUUUUUCAUGAGAGCCCCCAAGUGGAGGAGGAAUUUGUGGCGGACUCUCUGGUUUUGCCAAUUUUAUGUGAUGAUGUGCCUUGA